GCCAACUUUAUAACACAAUCGCUCUGCGGUAAGCUGGGAUUGUCACGACGAAGUGCGAGUUCCACGGUGACAGGGGGAAGCCCAAAAGCAUCACGUCCGACAAUGGGACAAACUUCGUCGGCACUUCCAACGAGCUGGCUCAAUUUCUGGUUCAGUCCGACCUUGAAGGUCACAUGGCUCAGGAAGGCAUUGAAUUUAAAUUUGUGCCUGCCUAUACACCUCAUUUCAACGGACUCGCCGAAAGAGCCGUGCGCUCUACAAAGCAUCAUCUUAAGCGGUUACUGCAAACCACUCAUCUUACUUAUGAGGAAAUGGCGACUUUACUCACUCAAAUAGAAGCUGUUUUAAAUUCUCGCCCUCUCAUUCCCUUUUCCACUGAUCCUACAGAUUUUUCCGCUCUAACCCCUGCUCACUUCUUAAUUGGACGCUCGCUUAUGACUGUUCCGCAACCACAGGUGCCUGAUGUCAGCAUCACCCGCCUGGAGCGAUAUAGGAGGAUUGAGCUUUUGAAGCAGCACUUUUGGAGGCGCUUCUGUAAUGAAUAUGUAACUCUUUUGCAACAAAAGCUUAAGUGGCAUUCUUCAAAAUCCGAGUUGAAACUUGGUUCUCUCGUCCUCGUGAAGGAGAAAGCUCUCCCGCCAUUGCUUUGGUGCUUGGGACGCGUCAUUCAGCUUUAUCCUGGCAGCGACGGCACCGCUAGAGUCGCUGAACUGAAGACAAGGAGAGGCACCAUUCGAAGGGCAUUUAAUAACAUCUGUCCCCUUCCAGAUUUUUGAAGUCUUUCAACACCUUCAGUACUUCAACCCGGGGAGCAUGUUGAGACAUGGCAAGACUCGCUGCGACGCGGCGCCGGCGACCGCGACGUCACGACCGACGUCACGACCGGCGGCACCAACGAGGGAACGGCGGUCGACGGCGACGACACUCGCCACCUCGGACUCCACCGGCAACGGACUACUCUUCUGAACUAGCCUUGACCCGAACUUUCAUUGCGAUUUAAGAAGGCGAUACAACCGGCCCUUUCAUACAGUCCACUUAUCCUCGUAACAAUAACAA